UUGAGAUUAACAUAAUUAGUCAUAAAAAACGGACUACCAUUUCCUCUCUCUCAUUCACAAUCCCCCAAAAUGCAGAAGGCAGAAGCAACACCAGCUGCGGCAGAAUUUGUCCAAUGCUUCGGUCGCAAGAAGACAGCAAUAGCUAUCACGCACUGCAAGCGCGACCGUGGUUUGAUCAAAAUCAACGGUGUUCCAAUUGAGCUUGUUCAACCUGAAAUCCUCCGUUGCAAAGCCUUUGAACCUAUUCUCCUCUUAGGUCAUCACCGUUUUGCUGGAGUCGACAUGCGUAUCCGUGUUAAAGGUGGUGGAAAAACUUCUCAGAUCUACGGUAUUCGUCAGUCCAUUGCAAAAUCCCUUGUUGCCUUUUACCAGAAGUUUGUUGAUGAGCAGCAGAAGAAGGAGAUUAAGGAUAUUUUGAUUAGGUAUAAUAGGACUUUGCUUGUUGUUGAUCCCAGAAGAUGUGAGCCUAAGAAGUUUGGUGGUCGUGGUGCUCGUUCUAGGUUCCAGAAAUCUUACCGUUGAUUUUCAGAUGAACUACUUACCCUUUUGGUUGCCGUCUACGGUAAUGGAGUUUAUAUUUUGUUAGUUUCAUUUAAAGACCGAUUUGGUUGGGAGAUUUUGGAUUAAUUUUGCUGUGUUUGUCCUUUUUUAUGCUGAAACUUUUACAGUGAUGCUUAUGAUAUUGUUAGUUUUGGAUUACCAUUAAUUAUUUUCUGUUUUCAGUUGUUUUUACUUCUUUCAAUGGUGGGGCAAUUCUUGUUUGCAAGAUUUACUUGCAAAAAAAAAGUCAUAAAAAAUGGGAACGUUUACUUUAGCAGCUAGGGUUGAGAUUACGGGCAUCAAGACUAUGGCCAGCGAGGAAGAGUCAUCCCUACCGCCGGCGAUGGGCAAAAAAAAGAAGGUUUUGUGCUUAUAAACCCCUGCAAUUCAAUAAAACCCUAGGUGAAUUUCGAUUGAUUUUGUUUGGACGAAAGCCAAUCAAGCUGUAAGUUUACCUCAAGUUUCAAUAUUCAAACCCUCUAUCCCCUUUUCAUUUUGUUUACAUAUUGUUUGUUGGAACUGGAAAAUUGAGAAUUUUAUCUUAAUUUUCUCCUCUUAGUUAUGUCAUGUAGUAGUAAAAGGGAAUAUUAAAGCAUUAGAUGGGAGAAAAUAGUACAUCCCUAAAUACAUCCCUAAAUAUAACACAUAUAUUGAGCGUAAUGACUGUUCUACAGAUUGUAGACAUCAGUUUCCAUAGUUUCUUAGCUGUAGUUGUUCGUUUCUUCAUAAUUGAAUUAAAGGGUUUACUAGUGUUUAUCUUAGCACUAUUUAGUUGGUGGGAUUUAUGUUUGUUUGUGUAUACAAAUGAUGGAUGCAAUGAAUUGAAUAAAUAAUGGACCAUUGUCUAUUUUCUACCCACAUUCGGUUAUCUUACUGUCUUGUUGGUGUAAUUGGUUGUCAAAAGUUCAUCGGAAACAGCCUCUCUAGCCUUGCUAAGUAUGGUAAUUCCCUGUUCAUUGGAAACAACCUCUCUGCACGAUUCCCGAGAUCAGUUCGUUUGGGAUGAAACUUCUCACCUUUAUUAAUAUGCUCAGUGCAUUUUUCUGUUUUUUUCUUUUUAAUUUGAUUUAAUUUAUUGUAUUAAUCUCUAAUUCCAUUCCUCUUUUCUGUUGUCCUUCUCAAAUUAGGGCAUGGAUUCAUUUUAUUUCAUGUAACCCCUUAAUUUAAUCUAAGUUUUCUAAAAUUUAGACUUCUUUCAGUAGAUAUAUGGAGUAAUUAUUUUUGAGAUCAAUCGUUAUAAUCGUUCUUUUUCUAAAAGGUAUGGUUUUGCAUUUUUUUCUUCGAAUUUAUAUCGCUAGACAUAAUGUCCUGUGGUCUUUUGAUAAUAAUAAAUGAGGGCUAGAUCUUAGCUUACUAAUCCUAACGAGUUAAUGUUGUUUUUCUUUGAUGCAGCACUGGAUUUUAUCAUGAUCCUCAAGCAGGCUGGUAUUAUAGUUGUAAUGAUGGCCUUUAUUACAAAUUUGAAAGUGGUACUUCUGUUCCGAUAGAGUCUUCUAAGGUAGAUUUUUUUCCCUUUUUUCUGCGUAAAAUUUACAAUAUUUAAAUGUUUGCCUAGUUGAUUUUCGGUUUGAUUUAUGUUAAGCUAGUUUGCUAUUGUACCUCAAAAUAGUUAUGGUGAAAUGAAUAGUUGUCAGAGCAUUGCACCUACGGAGUGUAGAAAAGAUGAGGUAGACGCAGACAUCAAUAUGUUAGGUGAAAAUGUGAGUCAAGCAGUGGAACUACUUUCUACUGAGUUCUCUGAAGGUAAAUAAGUUUACUUGCCUGUCUAUUAUUAUAGAAGAUAUUAUGUGUUCGGGCAAAAGCUAUUGGAUUCUACUGAACCCGUAACUAUUUCUAAAAUAUAUAGAUGUGGAGCCAUUACUAGGGACCAUUCUUCUGUUUCCUAUAUUCUGGUUGGUGAAAUAUUUUUCAUGUCCAUUUGGAUUUGAAUGAAUCAUAGCAGUUUCUUGUGAGUCAUAGCUAGGUGAAUCAUUACUGAAUCAGUUUUUCUUAUUGUUUGAUGAUCUAUUUGGCUUGAGAGAAGUGUUGGAUCAUGGAUGUAAGAUAUUUCUUCAUGCAAUUUCUUCACUUAUGAAUUAUGAUGUCCGUAAUUUUUUUUAUUUACUGUCUCACUGUUGAUCCCUCUGGCUAUCAGUCCUUUGUCAUUGUCAGUAAUAUUCUCACCCCAAGUAUAAUGGUUGUCCUUCGAAUUGCUUCAUCCUUUCAUUAGAGAACUAUUUAGGUGUUAUAAGGAUUAUUUCUUAUUAUUCAGAAGUCAUUUGCACUUGGCGAUCGCUUACAUUCUCUUUCUAUUUCACUCUAAGAAGAUCACUUGGAGGAUACCAGUUGCAAGCUUCCAGAAAACCCACCACCGCCUUCAGAGUGGUAAAACACUGUUUAGUUAAUUAGCUAGUAUUUUUGUUCUUGUAGUUGUUUUUCUUUCCCAACUGGUGUAAUACACCUACUUUCAGGCUCGAAGAUACUCUCAUUGAACUUUAUCUGACUAAUUAUACCACUCAAGUUGCCAAAUCAGACAUAACAGUGGCUCCAGAAAUAAAUGACACAGAUCACGCACAUUCGUCAACUGUUGGGAUUGACAGCACAUACGAACUCGAGGAAGGUGAAUGGAUACCAGACGAUUGGGAAGAUUCUGCUGAUCCAGUUGCAGAUGUCAUGGAUGAAGGUUCUUUUAGGAAUGCUUCCAGCUUAUUACAAUCAUGUUCGGGCAUUUGAGAACACUCUAGUUAUCAAAUUUUUUGGCCUUCAUUAUGUGAAGAUAACUGGACCUACUCAGAAGAAGGUGUUUUGACUUGAAAGGUUCUUCCCGUGUUCAUCUCACUGAGAAAGCUGAAUCCCAAAUAGACUCUACUACUACCCUCAAGGACAUGGAUCUCAAUUUUUAUAUUCAGACUGCAGAAAGUUUGGUUCCAAGAGUUCUGCAGGCAAGUGGACCGCGACUGUGAUUUCCAUGAACAGGAGAGAAUCAUGGACUACAAUAUUUUGGUUGGAGUGUACUUCUGAGAAGUUUCAGGUUCCAGAGAACCAGCAUGCCUAAUUCAGGAGUUCUGACUCCUACUGCUAAUGCAGACCGGAGUAGUGUUGUAUCAACACCUCAACUUUCCAGGGCUGACAUGGAUUUUCUUUUUGAUCCUUCAGGGUGGGCUUCCAUUAGAUUCGGUAUCAACAUGGCAGCAAAGGCUGAAUUAACCAUGAGAAGUAAUUUCGAGAAACAACUAGUGGGAGAACUACAUGAAAGCUCAAAUUCUUGCUCCUGGAACGAGGGGUUCUGGCGGUGUGAUUCAUCAAGACAAGCAGCCAUGGCAAAAGAAGGGCAUUAAACUUCCUUUUUCCUUUUAUUUUCUAUAUAGUUACAGGUAUAUAAUCCAUCACUCAGGAAAGGCAUAGAUUAGUUUUAUUAGCAAAUGUCCAACUAUGUAAUUUUUAAGCCUGCCUGCCCCAAUUGUACAUAAAAAUAGAAGGGUGAAGCUGAGGUGUGGUGGAUUUUGCCACACAAUUUUUUGAUCCAGAGUGACGAGUCUCUGGUAAUCUACUUAUGGAAUUAACAUGUAUAGAACGUCAUAUUAAAAGACCAGGUUUCUGUA